AUGGCGCGUGCUCGUAUUCCCGAGCCUAAGAUGGACCUCUGCCUACCUCCCACGUUCGCGUAUCUUGAUCGAAGGGCUGGUAUGACUACAAAGAAGAUGCCAGGUCCAGUUGUGGCAGCAGAGUGGACCUGCACGAACCGAGGGGGACAUAAGAACAACGACUCUGUGCUUAACAAUCCUACAAACAACUUUCUUCUCAUGCUGCCUCCUCUCUUCUGCAAGGAGUGUCACCGUGUGAACCCUGCAGGGUAUUGUUGGGAUAUCCCGCACAUCAGCAUAAGGGAUGUGUUACUUGAUUUUCUCGUCCGGAAUCAAGGAGAUUACAAUACGAGCGUGGCGCAUGCAUUCUUGACUGCUGUGGAUGCCAUGCGCACGAUCCAUGAAGCAUUUACAUUUAGAGCAGAGCCUGGCACGGAACUCGAUGAUGGGCAUCUCUUCACCACGUACAUGCGUAUCUUCAAGACAGCAUUUGGCUACGAGACCGGUCCAUGUGCGCACCUGCGAUUUAAGAGGCCGGAAUGUAUCGCUUACAUCUUACAGAAUCACGGUGUGGGUUUUGAUUGCUCGAGCAUGCAGGACGGUUAUCGACAGAGGGCCACACCAGAUUUCACCCAGAAGAUAGGCAAAGUCUUUCGCAUAGCUAAUCGCGGCGGCGUUGGGCGCAUCGAGCAAAUCAUUAGGCUGAUAGCUGGAGGAUUCCCUCUGUUUUGUCAUUAUGCUGCUGGGAGAGCAUUCGACUUUGUGGAUGGAAACGAGGUAUAUCAUGCUCCUGCCAAGGCUGGCAUAAAUCACGCUGCAGUCUUGAUCGGAUCAGGCGUACAUGAGUAUCCAGGUGAAGGAUCCAAGAUUUACCUCCGCGCACGGGGUUCCAGGGAUGACGCCGCUAAUCCUCAAUCUGCUCUCCAAGGGAAAGGUGGAGACUUCAACAUUUGGGCGGAAGACGUCACUGAUGUGCUGGGGUUCCAUCUAGCCUGA